AUGUCUCCCAUCCCGGCUGCUCAGACUCCCUCGCGCCUACGACCACCACUCGGCGACCAUACUCUGAUCUUGAAUCGUGCGGUGCAUGUCAACGCUCAUAUUGUGUCCAAGUCACUUGUCCAUAAUAUGCGAACGCGCAACCUUCUCAGUUCUCUGCGAGCUCGGCUUUCAAGCCUCCGGAUGGUGGAAACCCAACCGACGAGAGGUAUUACUACGAAAUCCGUCCAUCCGGAUAACCAUCACAACGAUGAGCUGUUCUGGUACACAUCUGGAAGAUGGAUUUACAAUGAACAUCUACGCUUGUCGGAGCGCCAAUUAGAGUUCAAUGUCUCUGCGCUGAAAAGCAUUAUUGCUAGUUCAUCUGGCCGAGCAACAUCAGACAUUGUUGACUUUUCUAAAUUAUCAGAAGGUGGCUUUAACCGUGUGUUCCAGGCACGUUUCAAGGACGGCCAAUGUGUCAUCGCGAGAUUACCCUAUCCGUCCACAACACCUGAGCAUUAUGCUGUGGCCAGCGAAGUGGCAACGCUGGAUUAUCUGCAGUUACAUGGGAUUUGUACACCCAAAGUGUAUGCAUGGUGCUCGACGAAAACAAAUCCGGUCGGCUCUGAGUACAUUGUCAUGGAAAAGCUGGGCGGCACCCCUCUUGGUGACAUAUGGUACUCGAUGACACCAAGAGAACAACACAGCAUGAUGAAGAAGAUUGUCCAUUGGGAGGCACAGCUGAUGUCAUUGAGUUUUCCUGCAUAUGGGAGUAUUUACUAUUGCAAGGACCUUACGUCAGAGAAGAAGAUUUCUUUACCAGGGCAGAAAGACUUUGAGUUCUGUAUAGGGCCAAUUUCGCAUUACAGUUGGUGGCAUGAUGGAAGGAAUAUGUUGAAUGUUGACCGGGGUCCGUGGCUGUCACCUACUGAGAUAUUUCAAGCUGUUGGUGAGCGGGAGUUGUUUUGGACGAAAUUUUACACGAAACCUCGCCUGCCAUAUGAACGUCUCUACAGGGAAAUCUAUAAAUUUCGCAAAGUCUCGCCUGAUACUCACAUCCAAAAUCUUUUGGAUUAUCUGAAGUUAGCACCUUUUCUUGGAUUUAGUGCUGGAACAGCGCUUCAUCGACCAGUAAUGCGACACCCAGAUUUCCAGCCAAACAAUAUUCUUGUGUCAGAGUCAAAUGAAAUUGUUGGCUUUAUUGAUUGGCAACAUUCUUCCAUUCUCCCUCUAGGUCUUGCAGCUGGGAUACCGCAAUAUUUCCAGAAUUAUGGUGAUCCUCAUUCGGAAGAGCUUAGAGAGCCCCAGUGAGAGCUUCCAUCAAACUUUGACUCUUUAAGUCCUUCUGAACAAGCAUCAGUACGUGAGACUCAGCAAAAGAGAUUGGUUCAUUUUCUCUAUGCCGCUUUUACUAGACGGCUGAAUGAAGUGCAUUAUGAUGCGAUAUUUGACAACUCUGUGACAGCUUCAAAUUUCGGGGGGUGUAUAUCCUGACAUAGUGCUUCAGCCUCGUUCAUGCCUUAUCUGGGCUUAUUUUCCUUUUAUUUGGGCUCUAAUUUGCUAUAUCUUGCCCUGCUUGUUUUCCUACUCACUUAUCUCCUAUUAUGGUAACUGCUUUUGCUUCAAUUCUGUAUAUAGCUCGUACAAGGGUACGAUCUAGGGGGGUGUGUUGACUUAGCAGUUACAUGACCUCCAUUAGCUAGUCAGGGACGACUCCG